CUGUGAAAUAUAGCAGAAGGAAUCACGAAAAACGGAACGUGGAAAUGCCCUUUAAAUAAGCUAUUGACUUGAAAUCCUGAAAGCAUCGAAAUGAAGCCUGUGACUGAAAAUGAGGUGCCAGAUUGUGAACAUUCACAUAUUGUGGGUGAUCAGGGGUCAGAGUCCACCACAAAUGACAAAGGUCCCACAAAGGAGGAUGUAGAGAUUCUGGUGCUGAGCCAAGUGGGGGGAUCAGUUGGGUAUUUUUGCCAUAGACUGAAUUAUACAAAGAAACGUAUUCAGAUGACUGAUGAAAGUCCUUCAGAUACUGAUACAAACACAGAACCAUCUGUCUCUGCCCCCUCGAAAAGAUGUAAUACACCUGAUAAAACGUUCAGCUGUAAACUCUGUGGCAAGGAGUACCGCUACAGUUCAAACCUGGUUCGUCACAUGCGAAUACACACAGGAGAGACUCCGUACAGCUGUGAACUGUGUGGGAAAGCGUUCCAACGUUCAGACUGGCUUAAAUUACACUUCAAAAUCCACAUGGGUGAGAAACGUCUGAUUGUGAAGCGCUUUGUUUGUGAUCAGUGUGGGAUGAAAUUUUAUUGCUCCACUUUACUCGAAAGUCAUAUAAGGAAACACAAUGGCGAGAGACCGUUUUCCUGCUCGCUCUGUGAGAAGACGUUCCUCAGUCUGCAAAAUCUCAGCCGCCACCAACAUGAUUGUCACUCUGAAGAGAAACAGUUUAAGUGCACGCUGUGUGGACACAGCUUUGCACGCUUUACUACACUGCAGAAACACAUACGGAUUCACACUGGAGAGAAACCUUUCUCCUGUUCAGAGUGUGGAAAAACAUUUCCUUAUAAAUACUCACUGUUAAUGCAUAAUAAACUGCACUCAGACAAAAAUUGACCUGAUAUUUAUUGUUAGGUUAAUAAUUAUACACUGCAUUCUUUAAGUCUGAAAGAAAAAUAAACUACCCAGGGUCAGUGUAAAUAAUUUGUUUAUUUGUAACAUCCGAUAUAGUUCUUGAUAUUCAAUUUAGACUUAUGAAGAGGGUUGGGGAGUAACGAAAUACAUGUAACGGGAAUACGCAUUUAAAUGAACUGCAUUCCACUACAGUUACGAUUUAAAUAAUUGGUAAUUAGAAUACGGUUACAUUCAAAAAGUAUUUUGAUUACUGAAGAGAUUACUUGCAUUUUAUUGUCAUUUGUUUCAUUUAAUAUUUAGUCCUUUCCAAUGGAAUAUUUGUAUACAUAUAAAUGAUGUGAUCCAAAGUGCAUUUGAACAGCGGUGAAACGCUUUUUUAUGAUGUGUUACAUUCAUACGUGCAGACAGAGACGUUUGGAGCAGAAGAAAUAGAAAUAAACCUUGUGUAAAUUGUCAUUUUUUUAAUUAGAUUUUUUUUCUCUCCACUUUUUCCUCCCAAUUUGGAAUGCCCAAUUCCCAAUGUGUGUGUUUUUUUUUUUAUUUUUAAGUCCUCGUGGUCACAUAGUGAUUCAUCUCAAUUCGGGUGGCGGAGGACGAAUCCCAGCAGCCUCCGCGUCUGAGACCGUCAACCUGCGCAUCUCGUUAUUCCAGCAUCCUUUGCACUAUGCUUCAUCACACUGUGUAGAUGUAUGCAUAAUGUAUGAUAAUAAUAACUUUACUCCUGCGUCCUUUGCACUCUGAUCACUGCAAUACUUGUCAAUAUGUCUAUAUUGUUUUCAUUCAUAGUGUGUAUAUUUGGGUUGUCUACACUGUAGCCUGUGUCUGAUUUUAUUUUAUUAUUGUGUUUUUUUGUAUGAGUAAGCACAUCGUGAGCAAUGUACAAUCCUGAGUCAAAUUCCUCGUAUGUGUACACAUAUCUGACAAUAAAGCUG